CCGCUCGCGCCCGGCCGCCCCGCAGCGUUGCCCGACCCGCGCGCUCUGCCCUCGGGCCGGCCCGCGAGCCGCGGUCAGUGCGCUCCCGACCUCCGCUGCCUCCGCUCGCCGCCGCGGGCCGGCCGCCCACCCCCUCGGUGGACCCUCGUUGGUCCCGGGGUGCGGGCGGAGGCGGCGCCCGGACACGGGCCGGCCAAGCCCCGGCGAGGGGCGGCGGUUGGGUGUUCGGUUUCUGCCUCCUCCCCCGAGCGUGGCCUGUUUUCUUGGCCGCGGCGGGACCUCCUCCUCUCUCUCCUCCUCCUCCUCACUCCCCUCCACUCCUCCUCCUGCCCUCGGCCUUUGGACUGUAGCUGCCCGCUCGGGACUCGGCGUCGGAGCCCCCGGCUCCGGAGGAGCGAGCGCGGCCGCCGCCCCGGGACGCAUCCCCCCCAGGCCCGCGGCGCCGCCGCUGCUCCUCCAGCAGCCCUCCCAGCGCAGGGUCGCGCUCGGCAGCGCAGCGGCUCAGUUACCCGGCGACCGGCGCCCGCCGAGUGUCCGCCUGUUCGUUGCAUGUUCCUUGACCCUGCUUGAUCUUCCGCAUCACUAUUUGAGGUUGCACGUGUGGAAAGAGCAGUUUCCCUGCCCAUCACAAUUAAAACCCUCAUCGUUUUGAUCAGUCGCGCUGAUUGGGUGCUUCUCAUGUGCCAUAUACUAUGUGAGGACUUUACAUGCGUUAUCGCAGUUGAUUCCCGCAAUAACCUUAUGAAGUAGGCUGUAUUACGCAUAGGUAAACCUGAGGGCCCAGAGAGAUUGAGUAACUUACUCAAGACCACGCAGACAGUUAAAAGGAAUUGGCUUUUCUCUUUAAAAAGUUGCAGAUGAAUUUUACUUAGGGAUUCCUUGUUUUUAUUGUAUUUCCUAAUUACACCUGCUCAUUAUCUUCUAUGUUAAUUCCAAUUUAGAGUAGAUUUAGGAAGAGCUCCCCUUCCCCCUUCCAUCAUUCGGAAAAGAACCUUUUCUGAAUACAAAGUAGUUUUGGGAAAGGGGAGUGGAAAGUGACCCAUGGGAUCAUUGAACAGAGUUAAUAGUGAGGUGCCCCAAGAUCUUGCAAUCACUUGCUUGAUAAAUGAAAUAUAUAUUUCAUUGCAGAUGUGAAAAGCGUUAGGAAGCUUUUGCUUUUAAGUCACAGCCACUGUAAUCCUGAAUUGGCAGCGUAAUUUUCAAAGGCUCCUGCCUGGAACCAGGACCUUACGAAUUUCUAUGACUAAGGUCUCGUUUGUUUUUCCAUCCUGUCUUUUGUUCUUUUUUGUGACUGCUCCAUCGAUGGCUCAUAGUUCUCUUGGGAAUGCUCCCACUUUCAAAAUUUAAGGUGAACAGGCUAUGAAUUACCACUUACUGCUGUCUUUGUCCGCUGUCAUUCAGCCUUCAGAGCCAACCUGGUGGAUCCCGGGGAGAAUAACCCCCUUGUAAGCCAGUUGAAUAGGCUGGGUAGAGUGGAACAAGCAAAGACAACUUUCUUGGCUUGGUUUUAAUGCAGUUUAAAAUUUCUUUAAAAUCACUCGAAUCAGCAUGUUUAUUUUUCUAAACUAGUGAGAGAACGAUCAUUUUGAGGCUGCUUUUUGAUGAUGAUGUGUAAAUUUAGCCACUUGAUAUUUCAAAACUGUCAAGAAGCCACAACUGUACACAUAGAAGUUAAAUCUUUUUUUUUUUUUUUUUUUAAUUUAAAAUGUUGUUUUGGAGCCGCCUACUGGCAGCCAAAACCAACAGAAAAGUGCUGUUCUCUGAAGUUCUUAGAGCCAGAGUUGAGGCUGGAAGGAGCCCGAGAGAUCCUGUGCUGGGGUGGGGGAUGGAGGGCAGGGGGAAGCAAGGCCCUUGGGACCAGACACACUUACACUCUAACGCUGGCCCCAGCCCUGACCAGCUCUGUCGCUUUUGAGCAAGUUACUUAAUUUCUGAGCCUCAGUUUCCUUAUUAGUCAAAUGGGACAAAUAAGUACCUCAAGUCUGUCACAUAUAAUAAGCAUUCAGUAAAUUGUAGCUCUAAUUAUUAUAUAAACAUUUUGUCGAUAAAGACACUCAGACCCAAAGAUGCUAAGUGACUUGCUCACAGUCAUACAACUGGUUUGAAGUGAACUUGUGGUUAAUAUUUACUGGGUGCCUGCUGUGUGCCUGCUUUUAAGUGAUACAUACUUAAUCCUCACAUUGGCACUACCCUGAGAAAACUGAGGCACCGAGAAGUUACUAUAUAUCCUAAGUACACACAAGUUCCAGGGAGCAGAGUCAAGAUUUCAAACAAAGCAGGCCAACUCCAGAGCCAUGUGGCCUCUAGGUUGGUUGCCUGUCUCAAAAAUGAGAAAAUAAAUCACACGAACAAGCUCUUCCAGACUAGUAACUCCUUUUCUGAGUUCUCAAACUAGAAUGCUGUACCCCAUAAGUAUUAAACUCAGCCAUCUUUCUCUGCCCACAGAGCAUUUCUAUUCAUGAAAUAUGAAAACAUUAAUGAUUAAAAAAAAAAAAGAAAACAUUGAUGAUAAAAUGUUAGGUAAUAAAGCGGGAUACAAAAUUGCGCAUGCAUUAGCCUACAAUUGUGACAAAAAGAAACUGUGUUGAAGAAAAUGCACAAUAUAUUAACAAUGAUUGCAACAAAGCAUAGAAUAGAAUAAUAACUAGUUUCCUUAUUUAUUUUCCAAACUUUCUAUAAUGUGGUUUGGUUCAUUUUAUAAUGAAAAAGACAUUUUUUAAAAGGGAGGGAAUGGAGGUAUUUUGAGCCAAGCAGAAGAGGGACAAAGCUGCCUUCUCGAAAUGCUGGGGACCAGACACUUUGUCUCUUUUCUCCACUGGGGUGAGACUGCCAGGCUUGCAGGUGCCCCAGAGAACAGCAGCACCACCUAACCUAGCCUUCAUUCCUCUACCUCUUUCCUAAAUUGCAGAGCUGUAUUUGUAAAUUUGUCCUCUUAGGACACUUGCUUUCUCUGGAAAUUUUUCACUUUAGUUUUAUCAUUGUCCUAGAGUUGUGAAUAUGAAAAAGUCAGUGAUAUGUGGUGAGGAGUGAAGUCAGAAGUUCUGCUUUGCCUUUUAGCUCCACAUAGAACCAGCCCCAUGGAGAGCCUCCAUUCCUGGGUGGGAGCCAAGGUCAAGAGUAGCAGUGCAUUGGUAGGGACAGUCUCUGGGUCAUUGAGAGGAUAGGCCAUCAAGACAUUGGAAAGACUUUUCUAAAACAGUAUUGUCCAAUAAAAAUAUAUAUGCAUGUUUAAAUUUUUAAGUAGCCACAUUAAAAAGGGGCAAAGAAAUAGGUGAAAUUAAUUUUAUUUAUAUAUUUUAUUUAACCUAAUAUAUCCCAAGUUAAAUAAGAUUAAAAAUUUAGUUUCUCAGUCACACUAGUCACAUUUCAAAUGUUCAUUCACCUCAUGUUCCUGGCAGCCACCUCCCUGAACAAUUUUAGUGUAUUGGGGUCUCUCCAGCAGCUCCUCGUCCUUUGUGACAGCUAUAGAAAGCAGGGCCAAAGGAGCUUUGCAAAGUUAGACCAACCUCACUCCAGGAAACCAAAAGAAGAUUGACUUGUGCCGGCCCAUGGAAAGCUCCUCCGGGGACACCUUUCCUGUGGCAGAGCUGCGUGUGUUCCAGGCAAAACCUGGCUUCCAUGUUACGGUUUUGGAGCUGCAGCCAGAGGGUGCAGUUUGCAGCUGGGAACCUGCAGCUGCACAACCACAGUGGCCCCAGCAAGUUUUCUGCCUUAUAGCUGCCACUUAACUGGCCUGGGCCCCACUGACUUACCUCACGUGGUGUCACAUUUGGGGGAUAAGGGCUCAUUCAAGACGAGCAAGGUUUUCCUGUGGGGUGCUCCCUCCCCACCCAGCAGCUCUCACUGGUGCAGGGGCUGAGUCCAGCCCUGUACCCUGGAGAAUUGGCAUUAUUCUCCCAACCGGGUCAGCAGACACAGAAUUGUGGUUGGGGCCAAUACCUGCCUCCAUAGUUUAAGAGAAAUGGGGAAAAGAUUUUGAAAAUACCUUUUUUCCCUCCUAGCUUAUAUGCUCAAAACCUUUAUUUACACAUCACCUCAUCAGCUAUUUGCACAUGGGGUAGGUCAUCUUUUGGGUUAUGUCAGGCCAAUUACACAGCCCACUUUUCUUCUAAAUUCUCUUACAUGGAACAUAAAGCUGACUUUGUGUUCUCGUACUAGAGCUCCAGACUUCUGGCCAUGUUGCUUUCCAGAAGGGUUUCAGGAAGACUGGUUAUGCAAGUGAUACUUCCUGUUUACCCGCUUUUCAUAAUGAAUGGCUGAGGAUGACAGAUUGUGACCACAGAAGUAUUCCAAUGCCGCUUAUUUGAGCACACGUUUGUAGUACUGCACAUGGGCAGUAGCCUGCAGUGUGCACAUAAAGAACUGAACCAGAAGCCUCAUCAGCUACAGAUUCAAACUACAUUUACAGCUAAAGAUGAUUGUCUUGAAAGUGAAAUGUCAAGAGUCUGAAGUUAGGGAUUCAAGACUGACACUCCCUGGAUGGUCUCACCCACUCUUAUGGUUCCUGGCAUCCCCUUUGUGUUGAUAACUCCCAAAUCUGUGCCCCCAGCAGACACCACGCUCUUGGACUGCAGAGUCCUAUACUCAGCUGCCUUCCAGACAUCCCCGGUGUGGGAUUUGCAGAUUUCCACAAUUCCAUGUGUCCAGGGUGCACAGCCUGUACCUCCGCAGUGUUCCUCUUCCACUGAACUAUCCCACCAUCCCCCCAGUUGGUCAGGCCAAAAACCUGGGGCAUCCUUGACUUUUCCCUCCCCUUCACUUCUGGCUUACAGGGUCCUGCAGGAUCUGGUCCCCGCUUAGCCCCCGAGCCCGCUCUCACGACCGUCCACCUGGAUCUUGAGCCACACAGCAGGCGCCACGUUCUCACUCAUCUGCACAUUUUCACAGUGUUCUUUCUCCUCCUUCCUCCGCUCUUGAGCUUCUCAGCCAUUCACGAUUGAAGUCAUUGAUUUCAGGUGUCCUUCCCUGACCUCUGCCUGUGUGGAUUUGAGGAGCACCGGUACUUCUCCUCACGUGGCACUCAUCACACCGAGUUGUUGCACUUGCCAUGGGAGGGCCUUGUCCACUGCUGCCUCCGCUGCACUGAGCACACUCGGCCUGACCCAUAAUAGGGAUAAUGACUCUUCUUGCUUCUCGCCUAAGUUGAAUAAGCAACUUGUGCACUUUAAUCCCCUGUCAGUGCCAUCAGGCUGACAGAAGACAGGUUUUUGAAAUCUCAGCUAUAAAGACAUCCAGCCAAAGUCUCAAUCUUGCCUUAACAAUGUUUCAGAGACUGAAUAAAAUGUUUGUGGGUGAAGUCAAUACUUCUUCCAACCAAGAACCAGAAUUUAGUGAGAAAGAAGAUGAUGAAUGGAUUCUUGUUGACUUCAUAGACACUUGCACUGGUUUCUCAGCAGCCGAAGACGAGGAAGAAGAAGACAUCAGUGAAGAGUCACCUUCCGAGCACCCUUCAGUCUUUUCCUGUUUACCCACGUCUCUUGAGUGCUUAACUGAUCCAAGUGAUUCCUGCUUCCUCCAGUUUGAGUCCUGUCCCAUGGAGGAGAGCUGGUUUAUCACCCCUCCCCCGUGUUUUACUGCAGGUGGAUUAACCACUAUCAAGGUGGAAACCAGUCCUAUGGAAAACCUUCUUAUCGAACACCCCAGCAUGUCUGUCUAUGCUGUGCAUAACCCCUGCCCCAGCCUCAGUGAGGCCCACUGUGGGACUGAGGAAUUUCAUAACCCAAGCAGUCCCAGAGUGGAAGCUCAGAAUGAAAUGGGGCAGCACAUUCAUUGCUAUGUUGCAGCUCUCGCUGCUCAUACAGCUUUUCUGGAGCAACCCAAGAGCUUUCGCCCUUCCCAGUGGAUAAAAGAACACAGUGAAAGACAGUCUCUGAACAGAAAUAGCCUUCGUCGCCAAAAUCUUACCAGGGAUUGCCACUCUCGGCAAAUCAAGCACAAUGGCUGGGCUGUCCAUCAGCCCUGCCCACGUCAGUACAAUUACUAAGAAUUUCAAGUGUGUUUGGUUGGUUUCUCUUGGUUUGUGCAUAUGUGUGUGCAUGUGUGUGUAUGGAUGAUGAAUAUGCUGUCUCUUUACAGACAACUGAUGACCAAUCACACAGUUUUAUCGGUAUGUUUAGACACUAUCUUGAAGACCAGAUUUACAUGCUGUAUAUCACGUAAUGCCUUGCUCUUAACAUUUACUUUGUUGUAAAUUUUUUCAGAAUAUUUUUGGAAACAUAUCAAUACAAUUACAGUGUUUAGUGUUUGGGGAUGUCUUUAAAUCUAUUAAGGUGUACACAGGUUAGCAAUUUAAAGACAUUUCUUCCCAAGUACGAGAAUAGGCAUCUUUCAAUUUCAUUUUAUUUGGUAUUAAUCAAUCUUUUGAGUAAGCAGAAAUUUAUUCUCAGGGUCAGCCAUACACUUUAUUGACCAGUACUUGAUCCUCUUUUCUGUAUAUGGCGAAUACAUUUUUACACACUAACACGAGCAUUAACAAGUGAUGUGGUUGCCACAGAUAUAAUGGAAUCAUGGCUGGACUUUCUUUUGGAAGAAAACUUGAUAUAUUUCUGUGUGUGUGGGUUUUUUAUUUCCCAGAUUAGCCGUACAGUUCAUUUCGGAAUUCAGGUACAUUAAGUGUUCGUGAACAGUACAUUCAGUAACUCCGACGUGACUGUGUGACAUGGUACAGACAUUACAGGCAUCGUGGGACAACAGCACUCGUCUCACAUGCAGAGGGAUUAAAUUCGACCUGUGAAAUUAUAUUUGGGAAAAUGUGUGCCCAUAACUAACCCACUGGUCUACUGUUGAAGUUGUUUGGAUUCUUUCCUGCCAGCUCUGCCAACUCGCCACCUCGCAUCAGCUGUAAAUUCAGAAGUACUUGUCCUGGCACUUGAGUGACUUCCUAUUUAUAUGUGCCCAAGGGAAGAGAGAGGCUUUAUAUUUCUGAUGCAGUGAUAGAUCCUCUGCCACGGAGACUGUCCUGCCGAGUGGCAAGCAAGGGUGAAGGGGAUCCCUGGUGACAUCUCUUCAUAGCAUCUAAAUGAAGGGUGACAGGUUGGCUUCCUUGAGUUUUCGUAUUUUUGUUUUAACUCGGGCUUCGGGCAAAAUCUUUAACCACUUUGGCCUCUGUUUCCUCCACCAGUGGGGGAGCAGUGGUAUGUACCGCCCUCACAGUUGUUGGGAGGACUGUAUACUGAUUUGAAGUGGGGCUGCCAAGAACUGAUCCUUGCGUGAAAUUCCAGGGGGCUCUCUGCCGAGUCUGGUGAUGGGGGUGGGGCUGUGGCAACUCCUCUGCCACAGCUGCUCCUCAGGGGCGAUGCUGAUGAGGCCGGGGCAGGGCUCUGUUCACACAGAGGCCAGUUAACUCAGCGCAGAGGAAAUCGAUUUCCUUACCUCUAGCCACUCACUUUAUUUUUUAGCAGCUGUAAUGGGUUUUGCUGAGCCAUCUGCACUCUGACCAGCUUCCUCUGAAAUUAAGUUAAACGUAUUUACAAUCCAAAGCACAUUCUGCAUAGACAGAGCAGUACUAUCACCUUCAUAAUCAAAUAGCUUAUUUUUCCAUCUCCUCUGCAACCCUAAUUAAAUAAGUACACGGCUAUACAGUGUUGUCAAGGGAGAAAGCAGCAUAUAGUUACAUGAAGUAUUAGUAUAUACUUCAGUAACCCUGUAGCAGUUGGAUGCAGGGAACCAUGGGAGACUUGUUUUAAGCGAAGAGCUGGGCUCUUUUCUGACUAGUCUGGGGUAUGUGGAGUCAGAAGAGGUUCAAAUAGCUUAGUUACAUGGUGGUGGUACAUUGUUCGUCCACUGGCUGUGCCGAAGGGCCAGGAAUGUCUCUUUAGAACAAGAGUCUAGAUCCCCCUUCUCUCCUUAGUCCCCUUCCAUUUCAGCUACCCCUUUAUUUAUUUGUUUUCUAAUAAGAGGCCAAGUCUGUAAACUUUUGUCAAACUGAGCUAGAAGUUAUUUUGUUACUAUUUGUGUUUACCAGAGUUGGGAGAUAAGGUAGAGUUUUCAUGAAGGUGUGUAUGUUUUCUACCAUGACUGUUAAAAGGGCCAUAUGUUGCUAACUUGAGCAUAGAUGUAAGCCUCUGAAUACACGGGGGUCUCUUUUUUCAUAUAUUAAAUGCAAGUUGUUAGUACCUCACGAGUUAAAGAAGUUCAGCCAUGAGAAUUUGUUUGGCAGCAUGAACAGAUUUGUAUAUAAAACUGCAAUGGUCUUUUUUUACUAUUAUUUUUUCAGAUUUCCAAAUACCUUAAAUACAUUUACAUCUCUAUCAGUUAUUGACUUUUUGUUUGCCUUAUUUGGGCCAAGUUUUUUAUGCUUUGUACCUGGAAAACAAAUGAUUUCAGUCUUCGCGAUGUUUUUUCAGUGUCAGGGUUACCACACACCAUCCGUGAUUUCAUACUGUCGUUUCUGUAUCAGUAUCUAAGGUUUCUGUCUAAAAUUGGCACAUGUAAGCAUUAAAGAAAGUGGUUAUAUAAUGCAGUUGAAGUUCUUGGUCACUAGAUGUUUGUUAGGGAUCUACUAUGUGCGAGACAUAAGACCAAUAAUAACAGAGAGUGAUGUUGACCUGUUAAGUAUUCUUUGAAACAUGGCUGACAUGCAGCUUAUUAUAAGUUUAUUAUUUUUGCUAUUGUAAAUAUUAGUGGUUUACAAUGUGCUUUAGUGCAUAUUCCUUAAAAAUUCAAGCAGUGAGAAAUAAGACCCCUUUGAAUUUAGCGCUCUGUUUCUAAACUGAUAAUAUAGAAUGUUACUUGGAAAAAGUCUGGAAUAUGUGGUGCACACAGCAGUGUUUCAUGAAUGAGUUUCUUAGUUUUUAUAAUGCACCAUGUUUCUCAAAGUUUGUGUUUUUUGUUAAUAAAACAUUUUAUAAUGUAUAUCCUAUGUUUAUUACUUUUCCUUCUUCACUUAGUUUGAUUAUGUACUGCACCGUAAGUUGAAGAUUAACCACCCGUUAUUUAUCUUCUGUGGCAAUUUAUAAUAUAUGUUUGGAUGGGUGGGAAAUUUUUUGCAGAAGGUGCAAAGUGAUUGGAUUUUUUACUUACUGUUCCAGGGAGCUUUUUUAACAUUCAUUUCCUGUGCAUGUUUUCAGUUCCCAUGCAAACUGUUCCUGUUUACAUACCUUCCAUGUUGUAUCAGUACUUUGAUUCUAGCGAGAUGACAGUUUACUUAAAACUUGAGAGGGCCAUUCAGCAUUGCCUAAUGUUUUUACUUCUCAAAUCUGUGUAGUACACUGGUUUGUAAUCUCUAUGUCUUCCUUGAAUCUGAGUGUCUUUGCUAUUUCUCUUCCUCCUCAAGGAAAUAUAUUGUCUUAUAUACUCUUUAAGAAAAGAGAGCAAAGAAGGGUAUCUUUCUUAUUCUCAUUUUCUUUGAGUUGGAAACAAACAAAAAAAAUGAAGGACUCCACCUAGAAUAUAGACAUUUAAAUUUAAAUAGCUUAGUGGAGAAAGUUUAAGAGUUUCCAAGUAUUAGUUUUUGUUUUUAGAAUCGGUUAAGAGACUGCUCCUUGUACUGGAGAUACUAGCAUAUGUUUGUAAUGUUACCUUAAAAUUAUCUUUUUAUUUUAUAAGUCCCAUACAUACUGGUUAAAUUCUUUAAAACGUUGGGCUACUAUCAUGGAUAGGUUCACUGCCAUCGGCCCUGUUAUUAUAAAUGGCAUCCUUAUCUACUUAAUGCUUAAAUUUUUAUAUAAAAUGCUUUAUUUAGAAAACAUAUAAUAUAGUGGUGUCAGCCUUGCCAUGUACCAAUUUCACUUGAAAUGUGACACCAAUUACAGUGGUUUGGGGUGGAGAAAGAGGUCCUGGAAAGCAUACAGAUAAGGAUAUCUUUUCCUCUUUGCAACAGUAUCCUUUAUGUGGGAGGAGAAGUUACUAUUCCAAGGAAGGCAGCUUAAGUGGAUAUUCUUUUGUGUGUCACUGAGAAUUUUCCUUACAAUAUUUUUUAAAAUUGUAUCAUUGUUAAAUGCCCAAUUUUGCUCAGUAUUUGCCUGAAGUUUUAGUAUUUGUUUUCUAGGAGGGCUUCUAAAAACCAAACCAGUACUUGGGGAGGUUGGAUGUGUGUGUUUCCAGGCUUGCUGUGUAUGAGUGGUUUUGCUUGCUUUUUGGUUGUGUUUUCCUCCAGAGGUUUGGAACCUUAAUCAGUAAUUGUGUGUGUGUUUUUUAAGUGGCUUUAGUUUUUUGUUUUUGUUUGUUUGUUUCUCAAGUAAAAUUGUGAACACAUUUGCUUUUCAAGGGCAGGGCAUCAGUUCUAGAGACUGAAGAGUAUUGUAGGUUGUACUAUGUGCCUUCUUGAUGUGUUUCUGGACACAAUUUUUGUUCGACAACUUGAAAACUCAAAAGGGACAUUAGAUUAGGUUAUAUACUGUACAUCAAUCUAUGCACAAAUGGCAGCUUGUUUUCUUGAGCCACUGUCUAAAUAUUUUUUUCUGUUUUCAUAGAAGGUUUUUAUACUGAUUAGUUCAUAGAUGGUCAGUUUUAUACACAGACUAAACGAUACAGCACUUUGCCAAAAAUAAGUGUAGCAUUGCUUAAACAUUGUGUAUUAACACCAGUUCUUUGUAAUUGGGUUCAGUGGUGUAUUUUGCACUACCUGGAGUUAUGGUUUUUAAUCUGUCAGUAAAUAAAAUGUCCUUUAACUUCA